GGGGCCGGGGGCGCGAUGACUCAGCAGGGGGCGGCGCUGCAGAGCUACAACAACGAGCUGGUCAAGUGUAUCGAGGAGCUGUGCGCCAAGCGGGAGGAGCUGAGCCAGCAGAUCCAGCAGGAGGAGGAGGAGAAGAGCAAGCUGCAAAACGACAUCCGGCUCCUGACGGAGAAGCUGGCCCGCGUCAACGAGAGCCUGGCUCGCAAGAUGGCCACCCGCAACGAGUUUGAGAAAACCAUUGCCGAGACCGAGGCUGCCUACACGAAGAUCCUGGAGAGUUCCCAGACGCUGCUCAAUGUCCUGAAGAAGGAAGCUGGGAAUCUGAGCAGAGCCACAGAACUGAAAAGUAGCAUCACAAAGGAGAGCUGAGCAUUUGGACUCAAACGGUCUGGCAGUCACUCUAGGGAGCUGCAGCGCUUUCUGAGCCUGGCCCACACUGGCAGUCUGAUCUAGGGGCUUGGAGUGGAAGCAAUGUCUAAUAAAGUCUUUGU